AUAAAACAAAAGAAUUGCGUGGAAACCGCACCUUAAGUACCCGCUAGAAAUAACCGCGGGAGUUACGUAGCCAUCAGUAUCACACGAAACUUGGCAAGAGACGCACGCAAGAUGGCCGCGACACCGGUUGUGUUAAAUAAUGGUGAAAAGUGCCCAAUUAUUGGUCUAGGAACCUGGAAAUCGAAACCGGGUGAAGUGACUCAAGCUGUGAAGGAUGCCAUCGACGCUGGCUACCGUCACAUCGACUGCGCCCAUGUUUACCUCAAUGAGAAGGAGGUUGGACUAGCCCUCAAGGAGAAAUUCGAAGAAGGAGUUAUUAAAAGGGAAGACAUCUUCAUAACCUCAAAGUUAUGGUGCACGUUCCACCGCCCUGACCUCGUGGAGGGAGCCAUCCGAGUCACCUUAGAGAACCUCGGGCUGCAGUACCUGGACCUGUACCUCAUUCACUGGCCACAGGCCUUCAAGGAAGGAGACGAAUUAUUCCCCAAGGACGCCGAUGAUAAAUUCUUACCAUCUACCGUGGAUUACGUGGAUACGUAUAAGGCAAUGGAGGCUCUCGUCGAGAAGGGUCUGACCAAGAGCAUAGGACUGUCGAACUUCAACAAGAAACAAAUCACAAGAGUACUUGAAGCCGCGAAGAUCAAGCCAGUUAUGAAUCAGAUCGAGGUCCACCCGUACCUGAACCAGGAGAAGCUGAUUUCGUUCUGCCGCUCCCAGGACAUCGCGAUCACGGGGUACUCCCCGCUGGGGUCGCCAGACAGGCCCUGGGCGAAGCCCGACGACCCCCAGCUACUGGACGACCCCCGACUCAAGACCAUCGCCGAUAAAUACGGGAAGACCACCGCCCAUGUGCUCAUCAGAUACGCCAUUGACCGCGGCAUCAUAGUGAUCCCGAAGUCCGUCACCAAGUCCCGGAUCAUCUCCAACUUCAACGUGUUCGAUUUCCAGUUGUCGGCUGAGGAUCUGAAGGAGAUCGCCAGCCUCGAGUGCAACGGACGGUUCUGCAGUAUGGGAGACACUUACCACCCAGACCACCCAUUCCACGAUGAAUAUUAGAAAAAAGACAUCACAAUUAUCGAAAUUAAAUAGAAACGUAAAAAUAUAUUACAAGUAUUAAAUGAAUGAUAACCUAGUGAAGUUUAUUUUAAAUUAAAUUUGAUUGUUAUUGCUUUCUUAAAGAUAAGUAUUCAGAUCAAUGCACGGAGGUGGCUUUUAAAAAAUGGCCGCCAUUUUCCGUUAUACUUUUGCAGCACAGCUUAAAUAAAUAUGUUGCUUACAAUUUGUAAUUUAUUUAUAGUUGCACUGAAGAAAAUAAUAAAGCUAUCACUAACA